CGCAUCCUGGAAGGAAUGCACUAAUUUAUACUCCCAGCAGCAGAGAUUUCUUUUAGAACCCAACACGGAUUACAAGAGGUCAGAAUUUUCUACCUUUUUCAGAUGAUUGUACUCUGUUACCUGUAGGAGGAGAUAACAUCUUUAUUUAUUGAAAAAUACCCUGUAUUUAUCCAGAUCUGCUAUCAAGCUGGAGCCUCUGGGUCGAGGCUAGAGCAGCGAGGAGACAGGAGGAGGGGGACAGCCAGUUUCAGGCCUAGAGCCUGAGGGCCACCUGGUGUCCCGGCCCCUCCCAGCUGAGCUACUGAGAGAGGAGGCCGCGCGCUCGCCUGGCACUUGGCUUAGGGCUGAGGCUGGGGGCUUGAGCGGUUUGGAUUCCAAGUUAUUUCGCUAUGAGGAUGCCACCGAGAGCGCGGAGGGGCAAAAUUAAUUCUAUUUCCUUCACAAGUGCCUUUUGUGUUCCCAGUAGCCUCCUUUCUCUAGGGAUUGGAAGGGGAGACACUUUUUUGGUCAAUUAGUGGGAUGAGAGGUGAUUCUGCGAGCGCCCUUUGACAUCCUUGGCCGAACCGUACGUCUGCGGCAGCCCCCGGCCCACCUGUGCCCUCCUUCCCCGGGCCCGCCCCUGGACGGCCGCCCCUCCCCCGAGGCGUGGCCCCUCGGCCGGGGGUGGGCAGGGUAACGGGAGCCAGGGGCCAACCGGCUUUUUCCUUCCUUCUCUCCCGCCCCGGCUCCCGCCCGCGGGCUCCGGGACCACAGCCACGUCUGAAAGCGCCUCAUUGUGUGCGCUCCACUCCUGCCGGCAACGCCGAGCAGCGCCGUGGGCCGCGGGCGGCCGCACAGGGCACUCCUGCCCUGUUUCCAGGUUCUCGCCGCCUUGGGUCUCCAGGUGCCUCCAAUAUCUUGGUAUCCGCUUCCCAAGUCCAUGCCUCUUUGAGCUCUCUCCGGGUGUCACUGGGUGUUCCUUCAUAGCCUUGGGGCCCUUCGAAACAAAUCAGCCCCUGCGGACUCUCCUGGCGAAGAGACAGAGAGGCUGUGGAGGGGAACUUGGAAGAGACGACGUUCAGAAGCCUUUGCUGAGACCGGGGACAGAGGCGUCCGCCUCCCGCCGCGCCAGUCGGGCAGGGACGCCUCGCUUGGGGUGGUGAAAAACCUCCAGACAUCUCCCAUGGAUUUGUGAUCCAGGUGGGCAGCUCUCCCAGCAGCCCUGGACAGCAGACCCGGGCCGGCGGCAUGUGGCUGCGGCGCGUCUCCGGCACGGCGGUGACCGCGCUCCUGCUGGCGCAGACUGGCCUCCUGCUCUUCCUGGUCUCCCGGCCCAGGUCACCGUCCCCGGCGGGAGGCGAGGAGCGGGUUCACGUGCUGGUGCUGUCCUCAUGGCGCUCAGGCUCGUCCUUCGUGGGCCAGCUCUUCAGCCAGCACCCCGAUGUCUUCUAUCUGAUGGAGCCCGCGUGGCACGUGUGGUCCGCCCUGUCGCAGGGCAGCGCGGUGGCGCUGCACAUGGCCGUACGCGACCUGGUGCGCUCCGUCUUCCUGUGCGACAUGGACGUUUUCGAUGCCUACCUACCGUGGCGACGCAACCUGUCGGACCUCUUUCAGUGGGCGGAGAGCCGCGCGCUGUGCUCGCCGCCUGCCUGCAGCGCCUUCCCGCGCGGCGCCAUCAGCAGCGAGGCGGUGUGUAAGCCACUGUGCUCGCGGCGGCCCUUUGGCCUGGCCCAGGAGGCCUGCCGCUCCUACAGCCACGUGGUGCUCAAGGAGGUGCGCUUCUUCAACCUGCAGGUGCUCUACCCGCUGCUCAGCGACCCGGCGCUCAACCUGCGCAUUGUGCACCUGGUGCGCGAUCCGCGGGCGGUGCUGCGCUCCCGCGAGCAGACCGCCAAGGCGCUGGCGCGCGACAACGGCAUCGUGCUGGGCACCAACGGCAAGUGGGUGGAGGCCGACCCGGACCUGCGCGUGGUGCGCGAGGUGUGCCGCAGCCAUGUGCGCAUCGCCGAGGCUGCCACGCGCAAGCCCCCUCCCUCCCUGCGCGGCCGCUACCGCCUGGUGCGCUUCGAGGACCUGGCGCGGGCGCCGCUGCCGGAGAUCCGAGCGCUCUAUGCUUUUGCCGGCCUGAGCCUCACGCCGCAGCUCGAAGCCUGGAUCCACAACAUCACGCACGGGGUCGGGCCCGGCGCGCGCCGCGAGGCCUUCAAAACCACGUCUAGGGACGCGCUCAACGUCUCGCAGGCUUGGCGCCACGCGCUGCCCUUUACCAAGAUCCGCCGCGUACAGGAGCUGUGUGCGGGCGCGCUGCAGCUGCUGGGCUACCGGCCGGUAUUCUCCGAGAACGAGCAACGAGACCUCACCCUGGACCUGGUGCUGCCCCGCGGCCCGAGCAGCUUCAGCUGGGCAUCAUCCACUACCGCUGAGCACCCGUAGCGGAAGGAAGCCCCCAGCUGUGGCUGGCGCUUCCAGGAGACUUGCGUGGUGUGGGGAGGGAGCCGGGGCACACGGGGCGCUGGCUUCUACAGGAGGGGCCGUGAGUUGGGAGCCCCCCACCAUUCCGGAGUAGGAGGACCGAGUCCCCAAACUAUGUUUCUUGCUCCCCACUUCUUGGUUUUCCUUUGAGUACUCUUUAGGAGCUGGGUUCCCAUCUGGCACACUCUACAUGUAAAGCGAUCUCGUGCCCCCACUUCCCCUGGGCACAGGGAAUAAGUUCAGCCGACUUGGCUCCUACACCAGCACUUUCUUUCCCCUUGAGUCUCUUCUUCCUCUGGAUGCCUCAUUCUGCAGCUGAGAAGGGUGUGCCAGCCUUGCCUGGAGUGAAGGGGCACUGUGGUGAGCUGGACCCGAAGUUAGUACAUCUCCGCCCACACACACCCCGGAUGCCUCCCUGCGCGCCUACCCCCUCCCCAACCCCAGGCCCCUGGCACCACAAGCCGCUAAAGCCAAUGCGUUUAUAUUUUCCUGUAUCUUUAGCAAGAAAUCAGACAAGGUGUGUUGUGGUUUCCUCUUACUCUCUCUGCCCCAAUCUCCCAGGAGCCCAAACUCCCCUAUCACCUGCCUAGAUAAGGUGAAUCUUUGAUUUGUCCUGACGGGAAAGUUCCUACCUACAGAAAUAAACAUAAUUAACCUGUAUGAUACA